GGCCUUGUAGACAUGAGACCCAAUUUGAAGUCCAUUUCGAUUCUUCAUCGUCUCUCUCUUCUCUUGCAAACACUAGUUUGCAAAUUAGGGUUUUGGAUUGUGAAUCCCCAAUUUGCUCUUGCCCUGCGAUUCUCGACCAAUCGAUCAAUCUCUGUUCAUCAAACGAUGAAGCGUCAAUUCUCCAAAGACAACCCUAAUGGAAGGAGAGAGAAGAUCGACGGUUCAAGUUCAAUCAAUCAGAAGAAGAUUAAGAAGAAGAACGUGAUGAGAUUGGGAGGGGGUGGUCUCUCGCUCGAAACGUUCGCCAAUGCAAAAACGAAAUCCAAUCAAUACAACCCCGCCUUGAUUAAGAAGCAAAGGGAAUUUUAUAAGAACGCCAAAUAUGUGAGCAAGUAUAAGAAGUCACUAAAGCAACAAAGCCAACAGAAUGAUCGUUACCCAGCUUUGAGACCGCUAGAGGAUGAGAAUGAAACUGAAAUAGCUGGUGAAAUGAACAAGAAAAACAAGAACUACAAGAAGAGUUCACAAAGUUUGCAAGAAUUGUACAAGAAGAAGCGCGAGGAGGAAGAGAAGGCAAAGAUUGAAAGAGAUGCCAUUAUUCAAGCAAAGAAGGAAGAAAGAGAGAGAGCUGAAUCUCGAAGAAAAGCUUUAAGAGGGAAGAUGUUGAAGAAAACAAGGUCUGGUCAGCCUAUCAUGAAGUACAGAAUUGAGCAUCUUUUGGAGACAAUUCGACAAGGUUCAACUAAUUAGGUUAUGGAUGUGCUCUUAUGACUUCAGUUAAAGAAAAAUCCAUAGUUGUGAGACUUCUGGGAUGUUGUAGUGUUAUUGUUUUGAAGACUUUAGAUCCAGCUGCUUUGACAUAUUUGUGCAACUAAUGAGAAGAAUUACAGGCUUUGUAAAGAAGUUUGCAUUAUUCACCACACCAUUCUUUCUGUAUGCUAUGUUACUGGAAAAGUGGGGGAAAAACAAAGAAAAACAAAUUUUAUACUAAUUACUCCAAUUGAUCUGCA